AUGGCUGAAGUCAGGACUAAAUAUAAUUCCGGAGUAAGUCCUCCGAUCGGAUCUCCGGGGAGGACAGUUGUGACUGAUAUGAGUAAUGCAACCGAUACGAAAAAUACCCUACUACGAAAACCAAUAAAGAUAGGAAUAUGGAAUGUUCAGAGCAUGUUCACUCGAGGGAAAAUACACAAUGUCUACGCUCCAACAGUGGAUAGUGACGACGAGGAGGUGAAAUCGUUCUACAAAGAGAUUGAUGACGUCAUGAAAUUAACUAAAAACAAAGACGUCACUUUGCUCCUGGGCGACAUGAAUGUAAAGAUUGGACAAGGUUCCUGUGGAAAAUUGAUUGGGCGGUAUGGACUGGGCGAACGUAAUGAGCGAGGAGAUCGCCUUCUACAAUAUUGCCAAGAAAACUCCAUGAUAAUAACUAAUACGUUCUUCAAACUACCAAAACGUCGCUUAUACACAUGGAAAUCGCCACGAGACAAUGAGAACCGCAUAGUCCGAAACCAAAUUGAUUAUAUUAUCCUCAAUCAGAGAUAUAGGAAUGCAAUGAAAAGUGUCAAAACAUACCCAGGAGCAGAUGUAGGCUCGGACCACAACCUUCUGGUGACGGAGAUUAUGGUGAAGCUCAAGAAGCUGAAAGUUUUGUCGAACCAAAGAUCUAUUGAUACCAGCCUACUAAGAAGUAAUAACGCGAAAGUGAAGGUGUACCAAGGUAUAAAUGAAAACCUAAGUAAAUUGAUAAAUUGCUGUUCGGCAACACAGAGCCAACCUGAAGACAUGUGGCAAAGUUUAAAAUCGGCUAUUAUAGAACCCUGCAAGAAAUAUCUGAAACCUGAGAAAAGAACAAUGCGCAAUGAUUGGAUGACUGAUGAAAUUUUGAUGCUUAUGGGAGAAAGAAGGAACCUGAAAAAUACAGAGGAAUAUAAAAGAAUACAGAAAGUCAUCAAAUAUAAAUGUCGUCAAGCUAGGGAGGAGUGGAUAACAGAGGAAUGUACUGAAAUAGAAAAUCUGCAAAGACUUCACGACUCACACAAUGGAGACAUUGUGUUGGAUAUUAAAGAUCAAUUGACUCUAUGGGAACAAUACAUCGAAACCCUUUUCAACCACCAAAGAGAAGAAAUCACUACCAGCACUAACAAUGAAAUGGGGCCAUCUAUUUUAAAGAAAGAAGUGCAAGCGGCAAUAAAAGCAGCCAAAGAUGGGAAAGUGCCUGGCCCUGAAGAUUUACCUGCAGAUGCGCUCAAGUUGAUUGAGAUGAACAACACUUAG